UCUCUCUCAAGAAGUCUCAACUAGUUUUAUAUCUCGCCAAGUUUCUUCUCUCAGUCAUAUUUUUUUGGCUCAAUAAUUCGUUCGAAGCGAAACAUGGCGAUAGAGAAACAAGAGUGCUCUCGUUCGGACGACGAUCUCUAUUCUCUCGUUUUCCAGACAUCCUUGCGACCACCAUCUUCUACAAAUAAGAAGAGAAACAACCUCGAUUCUAACUCGUCCGUACCUUCUACUUGUGCAGUCAUCAUCAUAGACGACGAUGACGAAGAGGAAACCCUAGAGUCGAAGAAGAGAAAAAACCUCGAUUCUAACUCGUUGACACCUUCUAGUACUGGUGGAGUCAUCAUCAUAAACGACGAUGAGGAAGACGAAACCCUAGAGCCUUCAAAGAAGAAGCCAAGAUUGGGGUCUUGGUGGGACGACGUUGAUUCCUUCGACGAAUUAAGUUCCGUGUUCAAGAGGUUACCAAUAAUGCAUUCAAGCUUUUCUUCAACUAAUCUUCCCGAGACGAAGACGAAGGAGGAUAAGAGAUCGUUAUCUUCAAGUGAUCAUGAGAAUUUGCUUGGUUACAACGAUAGUGUUACUAGUAACAACAAGGAAAAUCAAGAUCGUUUAGGAUAUGGCCACGUGUCGCUUCCAAGUCUUGGCGGCUACGUCAAAGACAUCGCAACUCCUGUGGAUUCCUGCUUUCCUUCUUCGCCUACUGGUCUUCUGGAGGCGAAGACAAAUACAAACAAGGAUUACGAAAGCCAAUUAUCAUCAUCAAAUCAUCACGGUGAUAAUUUCAUUGGUUUUAGAGAGGACGAGAUUGUCGGUGAGGGUACUGAUAAUAGCAGUAAUAAGGGUAUUCGACACGUGUCACUUGAGGAGUUGGGUGUUUCGGUGGAAGAUCUCAAGAGUAUGCCAUGGGAAGCCUUUGAUCCGACAUGGGAAAUUAGGUCCGAGACCAUGGAUCCUUGGCUUGGUGGCCACGUCAGUGACAUGUUCUCUGCUAAUUAAUCCCUACGCUUAAUUGUUCGUUGUUGUUCUUCUUUUCUUAA